AUGUUGGGCCCAGCCAGAAGUUUCAAAACAUGCCACCCUGCAUUGUUGGAACAAAUGGAAGGGGCCGAAAAGAGCGCAAUAACCUCGAGUCCUUCAGGAGGGCGUAAAGGGCUAGCUGUCAAGGAUGAGCUAGUGAAGAUGCUCAACAAGGCCAAUUGCCUUUACUGGGCAACGAGCCUGAUGGCUCUUGUUUACAGCUUUGUCGACAACAAACUCACUCAGAGGCCCCUCGUUUCUCCUUCCCCAGUGAUCCCCCAACUGCGUGUGGUCCAUGCCGCUUUGGCCAUCCCUCAAGACACCAGAGAGUCGCGCAAUGCUGUCUAUCUUCUUGAAGAGAAGAUAAGUGGCCAUUUUGUCAAAUACAUUAAUAACAAUUGUGCAACUCCACGAGACCACCUUGCCCCUCCCAAACUGGAAAUUGCAAUGUUUUUGUGCUUUGCACAGCACACACAGUAUCAUUUCUCGCAAGGUCUUGUAUUUGUCUCAGACUUUCAAGGAUCUGGUGGAAUUUUAACGGACUGCCAGAUUAUUACAACUAAGUGA